AUGAGCGACAAAACUUCACCCAAGAGUUUCAUACCACAGAAAAGGCCACUACAGAGAACCCCACAGUCCUCAACCAAUCCAAGCCCCGGCAACAAAUCAGCUACAACCUCCUCGCUAUCAGUCCACGCUAAACCCUUUUAUCCGCGCUAUGCACAACCACGACCAUACACAAACCAAAGAUACAAUCCGCAGCAACAAUACUCUUUCCACGCCAAAUACAUAGCAGCCAAUUCUGACCCGGUGACCCUGUCAAUCCAAAAUCUGCGCUCUCAACUGCAUGCGCUAGCCCGAGAACUAGAAUUGGGAACCGUGGCACGUAGUUCUUCUGCUUCGGAAUAUAUGUUUCCGACUCGGAAGGGGGAGCUUUUUAAGGUCUAUCUUGCUGCUCUAGGGCUUUUUCUCGAAGAAGAAGGCAUGGUUUGGUAUGUUGAGAUUCCUCCUCCAUCGUCCGGAGCGUCUAUGCCCCUCUCUUCUGUGACCUCCAAUUCUGCGUGUCAAUUUUUUCUCUACUCGAGCGCAAUUAAAAGAGGUCUGGAUCAGAGAAAUGGGAAUGGACGAGAAAAUCGAGAAAAUCAAACCGAAGGGAGGAGAACACCCCCUAGAAAUAGACAAACUGUGACCUCCAAGCCUGCGUAUCAAUUUUUACUCUACUCGAGCGCAAUUGAAAGAGGUCUGGAUCAGAGAAAUGGGAAUGGACGAGAAAAUCGAGAAAAUCAAACUGAAGAGAGGAGAACACCCCCUAGAAAUAGACAACUUAAAAGGGUUAACGAACAGUAUUCCGAGAUACAAUUUACUCCAAGCAGUUCCAACGAGGCUACGCCCGAUCUUGGUUCUUUAGCUGAAUUCCCUACGCUAUUCUCAUCUAGACAAUCUGCUACCAUUCAACCCGAAUCCAAGAUUUCCAUAUCCUUAGAUCAUCAGGAUGCAUUAGGUAGUGCUCGCCAACCGCUCAAUUACCCCUCUCGCUUAAUCAACACCGACCCCUUCAUGGACCCCACAAUCCAUUCAAAUGCGUCCACAUCCGUCGGCACGUCUUCUUCAGCUAUUUACGCACCCCAACUGCUUCCUUCCGAUAUCUCAUUCGUCCAUUGCAGCCUUGAUAACGUACUCAGAAUAUGCAUCCCGCCCGAAGUGGAAACAUGGAUUGAUAUUCCGGGUGUGAGGAUCCACACAAAUGACCGAGAACUUCCUGAAGGAAGCGUCCCAAUUGCGUUGCCAAACUAUUGGGACCCUCCGUUCUUAGCAUUAGCCCGAGAAUGUAUGACCAUUGCACCCAUGCGGGAAUUUGAAUACAAACCCACAUUUUACGACGAGGCAUACAACCCAAAACCCAGACCUAAACUCACUCCAAUACACUAUCCUAGCGGAGAUGAUUUAGGCGUAGACUGGUCCGCACCACGCGUUACGAACAGAUACAUGAAAUUUUCAAAAAUGACAUGGGAAGAGAAACAACGCGAAGCACGGGACGUGAGAUGGCUUUGGUAUCUUUGGAGACAACAUGGAUUGGUUAGGAAUUGGAUAAAAGCAGAGCAGCCUGGGAAUUUUGGGAAUAAGGUUAGGAAUAAAGAAGAUUCGGAUCGAUUGAGGAUAAUGUUGGAAUGUAGGGCGAGAGGAGAGUCUAGUGAAAUUCCGGUGGGAUUCGGGGAUAUGAAGAGGUGUUUAAUGGGAGAGAGGAUGGUCAUGUUUAAGACAAAGUGGUUGGCGAGACGGGAUGCUUCUGGUCGUCCGCGUUGGGAGGUAUGA